AUGAGGACCAAUCGCCCCCUCCCACUAGCGGAAGAGUGGGAGGAUACAGAAACAUACAUUAAAGCGCUUCUACCCUUCGCAACAUCCAAUGUACUCUUCAUAAACCUAUGUGGUGGCGUGCACAUCCUCGACUUUUUAACGCGCGAACCAGAUCUAUACGCGACUCUGCUCUCAGAGAACUGGAGAGUGUUCUUUGAUAAUCAUGACGUACAAGACGUCAUACGUUUACUCUUGCACGAGGAUAUCGGGCCUUUGCGAGAACCUGGUGAACCAAAUCGUACCUGGAAUGGAGGCGCAUUCCCUCCUUCAGAUCUCCUGGAGUAUAUUUACAAUGUUCGACGACUGGUUCUUCAACGCGAUUUCUUUUCACCUCAUCUGGACAAAAAGAAGAGUAAACUUCCGCGACACAUUUCUACGGGCAUGAAUAAGAAGAAAGUGCACGAAGUAGAGUGCUUCUCGCGAUAUGUCGGUGGCUUAGCCGAUACCGUCGAGGAGCGUCGCGGUGAAUCUGUGUCUCACAUUGUGGAUUUUGGGUCCGGACAGAACUAUCUCGGAAGGACAUUGGCUAGUGCCCCCUACCACAAACAUAUUAUUGCCAUUGAGCGGAAACAUCAGUAUAUUAAUGGGGCCAAGGGAAUGGAUAUACAUGCAAAAUUGGCAGAGAAAGAAAAGACAUACUGCAUCAAAAAUAAGAACAAGAAGGAUUGCGACGCCUGCGAAGGAAACCAAGGCAUUGAGGCCCCUGGAGACCAAGCAACUCCUGCACCAAAGGAUUCCCAGGCCAAAUUCGAUGACGUUCCAGCAAGAGAAGCUGAAGAGAAUAUUGAAGAUGUCACUAUCUUCAAAAUGUUGGGAGAAAUCGACUUGGAUCCCAGUGAGAUGCAAGGGAAGCUCGAACAGAACGCGCCGCGCAAAAAGGCCAAUGAGCCAGUAAUUGACGCCCGGGGUACGCUCAGUUACAUUGAACAUGAAAUUCAAGAUGGAUACUUAGAGCCUAUUAUCGAUCACGUUGUGAACCCAUCACCUAAGGCGACCCAGAACGAUAACGAACCAGAAAAAUCUUCCACUGUUGCCGCGGCUUCUACAGAAAAAGAAAACGACGCCCGAGUCAUGGUGGUAUCGCUACACUCAUGUGGCAACUUAGUCCAUCAUGGUGUUCGUUCUUUGAUUCUCAACCCGUCAGUUGUGGCUGUCGCCAUGAUAGGCUGCUGCUACAAUCUGAUAACCGAACGUCUUGGUCCCGCCACAUACAAGCUUCCUAUUCUUCGAUCUCUUCACCCGCGCCUAUACGAGACCGGCACUUCACACGAUCCACACGGUUUCCCCAUGUCCAAGCUGUACGAGAACUACGAAAGUGCCGACACAACAGGUGUAAAGCUUAACAUCACUGCACGCGCAAUGGCCGUUCAAGCCCCAUACAACUGGGGUUAUGCUGAUAGCGAGGGAUUUUUCACGCGUAACUUCUACCGCGCCCUUCUGCAACGCCUCCUUGUUGACCGAGGUGUCGUGCCUAAGCCCGGCGCCGUACAAGAUUUGUACGAGGAGUCUAACCCCGAAGCUGGGGUGAAGCCUGUAAUCAUCGGAUCACUAGGCAAGUCCGCUUUCAAGUCUUUCACUGCGUACAUGCGUGCGGCCAUAGUGAAAUUGAGCCGUGAUGAAACCCAUGGCCCUAAGGUUCGGGAACGAGUGGAAACUAUGUCUGAUGAGGACUUCCAAGAUUAUGAGACAAAGUAUCAGCAGGGAAGGAAGAAGUUGGCUCUGGUAUGGAGCUUGAUGGCUUUUAGUUCGCAGGUUGUUGAGACUCUCAUUGUCGUUGAUCGGUGGCAGUACCUUCGCGAACAUGACUCUGUUAAGGAGUGCUGGGUUGAGACUGUAUUCGACUAUAGUGCGAGCCCAAGAAAUCUGGCUGUGAUCGGAUUGAAAAAGUGA